UUAACGGCCUUACUUAUAAAAAUCCACUAAUCAACAGCUAAGCAACUAAUUAACUAAUAACUCAUUAACUCCUUAAUUAUCAAUUAACUAUUUCUUACUUAUAAACACUAUUUACACGUCACUUAACUAAGCAAUGGUUAAAUAACGUUUUUAUUUUAUACGCUGCCAAUACCAAACGUAAAGCUACAUUGUGAUGGUAAAAUUCCUGUUAUCCAAAGAGAAAUUAAAAAAUCAUAACGUCAAAAUUCUAAAUUGUGUCAAAUAUUGUCAAAAGAGUGGUAAUUUCAAAUUUUUUGGUGUUGUAUAAAUAUACAGCGGUGUGGUGUUUUUGUUGUGUUAGUGAUAUAAUGGAAUUGAAAUCCGCUAAGAAAAGGUCCCGAUCUUCAAACUGGGAUGAAGAAGAAAAGGUUAUUGUCAUAUUAAAAUUGUUACUUGUACUGUAUCUAUCUUGUUGCACCAAAAUACCUGUCCAAAUUGUACUAACUCUGAACUUUGUUAUUUUCUUGCAGAGAAUCUUAAGACAACUUAUAAUGGAGAAAAUUGAUAUUAUAGAAAAAAAAGACACUACUACAAAUACCAACGCAAAGAAAAAAGCUGCUUGGCAGGAAAUAUUGUCUAGUUUUAAUAGCCUUAAUAAAACGCCCAGGGAUAUGACACAAAUUGUCACCCAGUGGCGUAAUACAAAAGGCCUAGUUAAAACUAGAGAGUCGGAGUAUCGGCGCGCCAGGCAGAUGACUGGUGGAGGACCUCCACCACCAUGUCCGCCACAAGAAGAUCUCGAACUAAUUCAGUCAUUGCCUAAUGAGUUUGUGAUUGACAGUAAUGUUUUUGAUAGUGAUAGCAUAUUUAUUGAAACAAUAAAACAGUCACAGUCAACAGCAACUGAAAAGAUGAUGUCAGAAUCUGGGUUAGCUCCCACAGAAAUAGCAAUUAUUGUAGAUUCUGAGAAAUCAACUCAGUUAUCUAAUACUCCUGAUGUGGAAGAAAAUCCAAUUUUAUCAACACCACUAGCAGCAACAAAAGUAGAGAAACACACAAUAAAAAGGGAAUUAUAUAAGCCUAAACACAAACCUAAACAAAAUAACAAGAUUGCUGAUAAUUAUGAGGAACAAUUGUUCCUACUCACAAAAAAGUGCAAAGAAAAUAAAGAAAAACGGGAGGAUGAAUUGCAUAAGAAGAGAAUGGCAAUUUUGGACCUAGAACAAAAAUAUUGGGAAAAAAAUUAA